AGUCUGACUGCUUCUCCUGAACAGGACCAACAGUGACUCUUCACCGCAUGAGAACUGAUCACGCACUGCUUGUUCCCUGGCUGCUCUGACUGCUGAUGAUCAUUUCUGUCUGAUACCUCUGCACACAGUGUGACAGAAACCCUGUUGCUGCUGAAACGGCUACUUCCUGGUGGGUGGGGCCCUAAACAUGACAAACACUGCUAUGCUGCUAUGGCUUCCAGUUGCUAUGGCGACGCAUUAAUCCGAAGAAUUAAAGAAAAGGCCUCGAAGUGGAUCUACAGGAACCCGGUGCCGGGUCCGGAUGGGACACACCUGAACCACCACCUUCCGAAAAGCGGGCUAAGGAAGAAAGAUGCUGAUGCUGUGGUGGUCGCGGUAACGUCUGACGCAGUGUUUGACCCUGGAGCUGAUGAAGGUGAUGCGUUCAGAGUGGGCCUGGCUUUCCCACUGCUGCAGGCACUGCAGAGGGUCAAUGAACGUCUGCUGGAGCAAAAUCCCUCAGAGUCACUGUUGUUCGACAUCAUCCUCAUCACUACCAGCAGCCAACGGCAGCAGCAGAGCUCCCAGAUCAUGAGGAGCACCAGGCAUCACGGUCUUGAGGUCGGUCGGUUUUGUUUUUCCAGUGAAGACAAUUUUUUGGAGAGUUUACUGGAAAAUAAUGUGCAGCUCUUCCUGUCGACGGAUAGAAACGAAACAUCACAGGCAUCUCAGAGGGGCGUUCUCUCUGCGCUGCUGGAUCAGCGGGCGGCUUCUUCCCCCUCAGAACAACUCAGAGUUUUGUUCUGCGGAGACACUGUGGUCCAGCCCAACGCCGCUGGUCCGAUGUCCACGAUCCAACACGAUGCUCAGAGUUUCCCGGCACAGCUGGGUAAGAUGCGGCAGAGGUUCGGGAUGCUCGAUAGCCCCCUCGUCAUCAUCUUGAUGGUGUCACAAGGCGGCAGAGACAGUUGCAGCAGUGCCCUGCAGGUGCUCCGGUCCUGUGGAGUUGGUGUGGAUGAGGCGUAUUGUUUGGCCGGAGCCCCACAGAGUCCCAUCUUAUCCCUGCUCCAUCCUCACUUCCUGCUCAGCGAUGACUUCGGUGAGUUGGAGGAGUGACAAGAUGGACAACCACUGACUUAAGUGUGUGCUGCCAAUUCAUGAACUCAGGGUUAAACAUGUUUGUUUGAACCAACGGUUGCCUUCAGCCUUAAAGGGACGAUAGCUGGUCCUGAUGAUGUAGCACCAAAGUCAAACCACACAUCUUGAUGCUUUGGAUAAUGAUUUUUAUUCUAACAGUGUUUUGUGAUGGCUAAAGAACAUUUGGUGUAUUUCAUUUAUAUUGUGUCUCUAUUUGUGUUCAUGAUUUAUCUUUUUCCCAAUUAAAAAUACAAAAAUAAAGACUGAGUAAGAGCAGA